AUGGAUCACAUCCAGUUCGUCACGCGGGAACGGCCGCAACAGGAGAUGUUGGAGAAGCCAAGGGCACGGGAGCUUUUCUUUUCGGCCGCCAAUAUGAAGAAUAGGACGAACUCGGUAUAUACCGAGUUCAUGGAGUCGGAUUUUGAGCUGGAGCAUAACGAUGAUUCCAUCCAUGAUGACGACGGCGAGGUCUACAGUGAGUUUGGGGACCUCGAAGGCAUUGAGGAUGGGGAGUCGUCCCCUCGCGUUAGCAUCGGUUCGUCAGGGCAACCUAGUUUCACAACCCUCUCGACGUACGACGAGGUUCAGACUCCUAGGUCAUUCAAGCAGCGGCCGUUUCCCUUCGAGGCCGAACUGAAGCAGCAAAUUGAAGGGCCCAGGGGUCCUCACCUGUUCCGCAGCUCAUUGUCCUCGGCGCAGUCGAUAGAGCUCCAGCAUGCGCUCUCGCUCUCGCCCGUAACCCCAAAGAAGCCGGCGCUUGUGGAUCUCCAGCUGCAAGAUGUACACCUCACCCCUCUCCCGAGAAAGAAGCGAGACUCGGGGCCAUUUCAGUUCACGGAUGAGGAGCUCGAUACGUCGACCUUGGCCGACUGGACACCGGAGAUGGUUGCGCAGCGCAUGCUCAAUGCCGGCAUUGAGCUCGCGGCUGCAGAACGAUUUGUGGAAAAUGAUAUUAACGGUGCAAUCUUGAUAACGCUCAAGUUUGAAGAUCUGAAGGAGCUCGGCAUCUCUUCCUUCGGGGUGAGGACACGGAUAUGGGAAGAGAUCCACGCAAUGAGGGACCUUAAACAGCCCGAGCCGAUGCCCGAGACGCCCAUCGAGGAUGAACCAGACAAGACAGUCAAGCGAGAGUUGCGCAGGCAAGAGAGCAGGGCGAGAAAGCCGCGGAUGAAGGUCAACGAUGUUAUUUCCCCUCUCGAGUCGGUGUCCAUCGUGGGCAUCGAGCAGGUCCUGCCGAAGCCUCACCAUUGCUCCAAAGGCGAAAAUUGCCCCAAGUGGAAGCGCAAUCAGCGGUUGAUGGAGGCCUUCAAAAAGGAGCACCCCUUUGUCAACGACAACGGCAUCAUAAUGAUUGCGGGCGACCCAGGAAACCCAGAAACGGCCGAGGCAAUCAAAACGAAUGACGAGUUGAUCCGUCCUGUGUCGGACGCAGUCCCGUCAGUCGUGGCUUCGUCGGAUGUCAUGGGGCCUGGAAACCUCCCACCCCUUCAAUAUCUUCAAGAAGCGACGUUGCGCAAUCUCCAAUCCAGAGACCCUCAGGACAAUGUACGGCAGUUCCUCGACUUCCAGCGCCACCACCUUCAAGCCUCCAGCGAGGUUCCCCCAACACCUCCGUUUGAGAUCUUCCCUAAGAGCAAUCCGCAAAUUCCACGUGCAGUGCCUAAGAGUCUCCCGAAGCUGUCCAUACCUACAAAGCCGGUGGACGCUGCUUCUGCUGCUCGAGAGCCGCAGUCGGCGCAACCCCGGUCUGCCCGCCAUGCAUCACAGGUAAUCCCUUCAUUCCGGGAGCUGACUCCGUCACCCGAUGAGGCCACCCCGACCGCCCCCUACCGAUUUGGCACCCCGUUCUCCGAGAUGGAUGUACCGGUGACCAUGACAUCCAUCCCUCCAGUGUCCCGCGACUUCUCCCAGUCCGUACCGCCAGACAUGAACUACCGCCACGUCCCCGCUCCUCCCCGCUCCAUAUCUCGUAACACCGCCCGCCGGCCUUCCUUCCCAGUCAUGCCUGCGCUGGAGGAGAACUCCAUCCUCACCCCGACCAACCAAGGCCCGAGCCGGUCCUUCUCCCAACGAGUUGGCCAGCGGCCUCUGCAACCACCACCACGAGUCCAAUACCCUUGGACACAAGCCGAACGCCCGACACUUGAGAAGGCCGUCCCGCCAAUGCCGUCCUCGACAUUUGGAUCAAGCGCAGCCGGCACCACAGCCGCCGGCGUCAAGACGGUCAACAUUGGCGGCCGGCUCUCCCCAAUCAGCGACAAGCCCAAGGUGGACAUGACGGGUGGCAACACCAUCACGUACCAGGGUCUGAUGAAGAAACGCAAGACAAAGAUGCUCCGCCACGAAUGGCACGAGCAUUUCUUCACCCUACGCGGCACCCGUCUCACCAUGCACAAGGACGCCGCCACGGCCGCCACCAAGACGCUCGAGUACAUUGACAUUGAUGACUACGCAAUCGCCUGCAGUGGCAUGGCCAGUGGGUCCAAACUGAAUGCUGCGUUCAAGGCAAUGCAUAUCAGGCGCGGCAGUGGGGCGGAUGAUGCUAAGGGAUCCAAGGCGGAUGUGGCUGCUUUUAGUUUCCAGUUGAUUCCCCAGGACAGUAAAGGGGGCGCGAAACUCAGGAAGAGGGAGAGUUCCCUGCCUGGCGAUGGCGGUACUGCUGGUGCUGCUGCUGCCGGCAGCUUGCCUCCUAUCGAAGGUGCCGUUAAUGGAACCGGCAAAGCACACCACUUUGCUGUCAAGAGCAGGGAUGAGAGAAUUGACUGGAUGAGGGAGCUCAUGCUUGCCAAGGCGCUCAGACAGAAGGGUGAGGGGUUCGAGAUCAGUGUGAAUGGGAAUAUGAUCUGA